UAUAAUUUAAUCACAUAUCUUAUCCGCGCAUGUCCAUGAAAAUUUGGUGACCCAGAAUUUGGGAUUAUUAGUUCUUGAUUCCACAUAUUUGAAUCAGCUCGUCAUUAGAUUCUGCAUAUAAAUUCUCUUCUUUGAUCCCAAAAACUUGAGUACUCGAGUUUCACCAUGAAAGAGAAGUUUUCCCAAGCUUGCCCCAUUUUUUCAUUUCGUCUUGUCUGAUGGCUUCUGCCUAUGCAUCCUUCAAAUCAUUGCUUUUGUAGCCUGCUGAUUCAUUUGCUUCCACUCUAUUACUAAACAAGCAUUCUUUUUCAUCAUUUCCUCUAUCUAUAUUGGAUAAUUGAUGAGUAAUCAAGGAAACGGCAGAGAUAAUAUUGUCAUUUCUUGGUCAGGAUGCAGCUGCUGGUUACUCCUGAUUCUACCACCUUGAGUUACUGGUUAAGCUGGAGCGUCUUGCUAUGUGCAAUCUGUGUCUUCACCCCUGUGGUUGUAGCAAUAUUUAUUAUAUGGAAACAUGAAAAUUUUGAUCAUUCGAGAUCUUGCAGAGGAAAAACUCAGCAACAGAUACACCAUUCAUUGUUUGAAGAUAGAGCUUGGAGGCCAUGUCUUAAGCAAAUCCACCCCAUUUGGUUGUUGGCUUAUCGAGUUAUUGCUUUCUCUUUGCUUUUGGCGUCGCUCAUUAGCAAAGUUUCUGCUAAUGGAUUUGUCAUGUUUUACUACUAUACUCAGUGGACUUUUACUUCUGUUACCAUUUAUUUUGGGUUUGGAGUACUGCUUUCUGUCUGUGGGUGUUACCGAUAUCAUAAAAUGGGCAUGGCAGCAUCCAAUAUCCAUCACAUUGGGGAUGAUGUUGAACAAGGGUACCGUGUGCCUCUAAUACGCGAGGAAAGGUCAAAUAUACUCAAUGCAAGAAAAUUAUCAAAUACCCAAGAGGAAAUUUACGGUUUUCAAGCAGCAACUGUUUCUAAUUAUCUCUUUCAAGUUCUAUUUCAGAUGAAUGCUGGGGCAGUAAUGCUCACUGAUGUUGUUUAUUGGGCCAUUAUUUUUCCAUUUCUUACCAUCAAAGAUUACUCUAUGAAUUUUAUGACAGUUAAUAUGCAUACGCUCAAUAUUAUCGUACUCCUUGGUGAUACAGCUUUGAAUUGUUUGCCAUUUCCUUGGUUUCGGUUUUCUUACUUCAUUCUAUGGACGGGUAGUUUUGUCAUUUUCCAGUGGAUUAUCCAUGCUUGUAUACCAAUUUGGUGGCCAUAUCCAUUUCUUGACUUGUCAUUACCAUAUGCUCCAUUAUGGUACUUGCUAGUAGCAUUGAUGCAUUUCCCAUGCUAUGGUUUCUUUGUGCUGAUUAUCAACAUGAAACACAAUCUGUUGUCGAAACGGUUUCCUCAGUCUUAUCAAUGUCUGAGAUGAUGAAUGUAAAAUAUUUGAAUGCUUCUCUCCUAUAGCUGAAUGCAUUUGAGGCUCCAUUAAAAUCAUGCUCAAGCGAACCUAGUUGGAGGUAGAAUGUGGCAGGUGGUAGUCCUGUGAUGCUCAACUGUUCUAUUUUGUUUCAAUGGAAUCAAGACUGGAUCCAUUCAGGAUGUUUACAUAAUGUUAUAAUCUGAAGCAACAUUUUACAUCAGAAGUAGAGGAUUGGUAACCGCACUAGUACUUGGCGUAUGUUUAGAACUUCCUUCUAGGUUUCAGAUUCAGGCUUCUUAGUUCAUUUCAUUGAACCGUUGAUUGUAUGACGUACUGUAAAAUUUCCUCUCUGCAAUCCCUGAUCAUGAGUUAACAGAGCUUGUGAUACUUGAUUCUUCAUUGUUUACCUUAAACAGGAGGUAGGGAUGUAAAACUGAGGCGAGAAUAAUGCUGUCUUAGCAAAUGAUAACACCCCAUUUCUUGCUCAA